AUGUGCCCACUUGCGGAUACAACUGCAGGUACGCCGACGAUGACUACGGGUGGUGGUGUACUUAUUCCGCCCUCAGCCAAGCGCCUCAGCCUCGACGGUGAAAGUCGUCUGACGAACCGGCCACCCACAGCGCGCAGCCCAGGUAGCCGGUCUCACAUCGAGCGAGGCUCCCGCGAAGCUGACAGCUCGUCGACGAAGAGUCCCACCGUCACCGCGUAUCCGUUCCUGGUGGUGACCAAGGCGGGCAUCGUGUUCUGCUUUUAUCGUCGCCUUUACCAGCUCAAGAUCCGCAUACCGGACGAGGUCAUCAAGCUCUUCAUUGAUAGCGGCAACGCUGCAGUGGAGGCAGCCGAGCAGCAAGCUAACCAAGGUUGUCUGUUUUGGAAUGUCAUUGGCAGUGUCUUCCAGUAUGCCUGCGUUCAUCUCUGUCGGUCCGUAGCUCGAGGCACAGUAGGAUCGCACAUUGUCAACGCCCUUCUAAAGACCGGAAGACAUACAGUCACUGCCAUUUCCCGCAAAGACAGCGAUAACGAACUUCCCGAGGGCGUCCCAGUUGCUCCGGUCGACUUUGAUAAGCGUUACCUGACAAUCUACGACGAUGGCAACACCAAGAACUCACUUCGACGUUAUCGCAGGUUGGGCGACGAAAACGAUAAGAGCCUUACUCUGUCAACGUUCCUGAAUAAGGGUGUGUAUAUCAAGAGCUUUUUAAUCAACCAAAACUGCAUGUUCGAGAGCGUCAAGCGCGUCACUGGUACCACUGACGCUGACUGGACGAUAACUCAUGAGGACACCAAGAAGCGACACGAGAAUGGCCUGGCGCAAGUUAAAUUGGGUAAUAUGGCUGGCUGUAGUAAGCUGCUGUACGCAAGGGCGUUUUACCCGGAUGACUCUAGUGAUAUCUCGGAGAAGGCAUGGAAUGACCUGCUUGGAUUACCGGAGGAGAACCUGGAUGAGUCUACCAAGGUUGGCAUAGAUUUGGCCAAGGAGCUGCAGCUUCGUGUUGAGCAUAUGGCGUCCUAG